UUCACGGAGAAACCCAAGAAAAAAAUACAGAACACACAGCUAAAGCUAAGAUAGAAGUGUUCGGGGAGUGGACGCCACCAGAAAAUUAUAAGAACGAAUUUGAAAUUUUAUAGCAGACAUUUUGGAGGGUCAACGGCGGACGUGGUGAUUGGGAUCGGAAAAGGAUUUUUCCUCUGGAACCAGACAUAACAAUGGAGAUGGUGCAAACAAAAGUACAUCAUAAGAAAAGGCAAGUGGUGAUCUUUAUUAUAUUGAUUCUUUUGUGGGAGGCAGGUUCAGAAUCGAUUCAGUACUCUAUACUGGAGGAGACAGAAAGUGGCACAUUUGUGGCCAACCUGACAAAGGACCUGGGACUCACAAUGGGAGAGCUCGCUGCCCGGGCCGCCCGAGUUGUUUUUAAAGGGAAUAGGCAGUAUUUGCAAUUUGAUCCAGAGACCUAUGAUUUGCUGCUAAAUGAAAAACUGGACCGGGAGGAGCUUUGCGGCUCUACUGAGCCCUGUGUGCUACCCUUCCAAGUGUUACUGGAAAAUCCCUUGCAGUUUUUUCAGGCUGCCUUGCUAAUUAGAGAUGUAAAUGACCAUGCCCCUGAGUUCCUGGAAAAUGAAAUCCUACUGAAAAUCUCAGAAAGUAGCCAUACAGGAACCGCAUUUCCUUUGAAAAUAGCUCAAGAUUUAGAUGUGGGCAGUAACACAGUUCAGAACUACACAAUUAGCACCAACUUCCAUUUCCACCUUUUCACUCGAAAUCGCAGCGACGGCAGGAAAUACCCGGAGCUGGUGCUGGCCAAAGAGCUGGACCGUGAGGAGCAGCCAGAGCUCAGGUUAACCCUCACGGCGCUGGAUGGUGGGUCACCGCCAAAGACUGGGACUUCCCAGGUUCUCAUCAUGGUCCUGGACAUAAAUGACAACGCCCCUGAAUUUGCUCAGCAGCUCUACGAGGUGCAGGUCCCAGAGAACAGCCCUAUAGGCUCCCUUGUCAUCACUGUCUCUGCCAGAGAUUUGGAUGCUGGGACCCACGGAGAGCUCUCCUACUCAUUUUUCCAAUCAUCAAAUCAAGUCAUUCAGGCCUUUGAAAUCAACACAGUAACGGGGGAUAUUCGAUUAAAAAAAAUGUUGGAUUUUGAGGAAAUUCGAUCUUACCGUAUGGAAAUUGAGGCCUCAGACGGUGGGGGUCUUUCAGGAAAAUGCACUGUAGCCAUAGAAGUGACGGAUGUAAACGACAACGCCCCUGAAUUGACCAUGUCAUUACUCAUGAAUGAUAUCCCAGAAAACACCCCUGACACUGUGGUCGCUAUUUUCGGAAUUUCAGAUCCAGACGCCGGGGACAAUGGCAAAAUGAUGUGUUACAUCCAAGACCAUCUCCCAUUCCUUCUGAAAAUUUCUGUAGAAAAUUUCUACACCUUGGUAACAGAAGGAGCGCUGGACAGAGAGAGCAGAGCCGAAUACAACAUCACCAUCACCGUCACAGAUAUGGGAACCCCCAGGCUGAAAACCGAGCACAACAUAACCGUGCUGGUGUCCGACGUCAACGACAACGCCCCCGCCUUCACCCAGACCUCCUACACCCUGUCCGUCCGCGAGAACAACAGCCCCGCCCUGCACAUCGGCAGCGUCCGCGCCACAGACAGAGACGCGGGCGCCAACGCCCAGGUCACCUACUCGCUGCUGCCGCCCCUCGACGCGCACGUGCCCCUGGCCUCCCUGGUGUCCAUCAACCCGGACAACGGCCACCUGUUCGCCCUGAGGUCCCUGGACUACGAGGCCCUGCGGGCGUUCGAGUUCCGCGUGGGCGCCGCCGACCGCGGCUCGCCCGCGCUCAGCAGCCAGGCGCUGGUGCGCGUGCUCGUGGCGGACGACAACGACAACGCGCCCUUCGUGCUGUACCCGCUGCAGAACGCCUCGGCGCCCUGCACCGAGCUGGUGCCGAGGGCGGCCGAGGCGGGUUACCUGGUGACCAAGGUGGUGGCGGUGGACGGCGACUCGGGCCAGAACGCCUGGCUGUCGUACCAGCUGCUCAAGGCCACGGAGCCCGGGCUGUUCGGCGUGUGGGCGCACAACGGCGAGGUGCGCACGGCCCGGCUGCUGAGCGAGCGCGACGCGGCCAAGCACAGGCUGCUGGUGCUGGUCAAGGACAACGGCGAGCCGCCGCUCUCGGCCAGCGUCACGCUGCACGUGCUGCUGGUGGACGGCUUCUCGCAGCCCUACCUGCCGGCCCCGGAAGCGGAAGCGGUGGACGCGGCCCCGGCCGCCCCUCUCACCGUCUACCUGGUGGUGGCCUUGGCGUCGGUGUCGUCGCUCUUCCUCUUCUCGGUGCUGGUGUUCGUCGCGGUGUGGCUGUGCAGGAGGGGCGGGGCGGCCUCGGUGAGUCGCUGCUCGGUGCCCGAGGGCCCCUUUCCGGACCACCUACUGGGCGUCAGCGGCACGGGGACCCUGUCCCAGAGCUACCAGUACGAGGUGUGUCUGACGGGAGGCUCCGGGACCAGGGAGUUCAAGUGUCUGAAACCUCUUGUCCCCAACAUCAUGGGUGAAGGGGUUGGUACGGACACCGAGGAAAACUCGAACUUUAGAAACCAUUUGGGGUUCAAUUAAGAAUCUCACUUGACAAGGCGUGAUAAAUGAUCAUAUUCACUAAUGUAUUAAUUUCCAACCCUUUCAUUCACAUAGAGCUUACAUAUUCACUCAUUCGUAAGUUUUGUCAUAUUUAUAGUUUGAAGUAUUUUACAUUCAGAAUCUCUAGGUGUUUUUUAUUGUUGCUGUCUUUUUUUUUUUUUAAGCCCUUCACAUUUUGCAUGUGAGAUGAGACAUUAAAUGGUGAAAUGGUCUCAGUUUUUUGGUGGUCAGAUUUUCGGAAGUCACAAAUGUUUUCAGAUUCCUGAUAUUUGAGCUUGUUCGUUGAUAUCUCGUUAUGACUAAGAGAAUUAUGUUUUACGAUUAUCAUAGCAUGUCAGGCUAUUGUAAAUGAUGGCUUUUAGGUUUAAAAAUAAUUUUCACCUAUGCAAAAAAUUUUGUGACCUCGAAUAUCGCUGGAUUUCUGUAGUGUUGUUUUGAAAACACUAUUGUCUUUCCUCAAAUGAACUAAUAUUUUAUCUGGAUGUUUUCUGAGUAUUCUCUUUUACAAAAUUGAUAUUAUUUAGACCGUCUGCCAUAAUUUAAAAGGACUUAAUCCCAGUUAAAUAGAAAAAAUGUUGGUGGAGUUAUGAUUUCUUUUUCAUAAUAAAUGGUUUUUAGUAUGCAAAUAAUGAUUUUCAUUCUUUUAAAAUAAUAUGUAGUCACAUGAUUCAAACAUAUUCAAUAAGACCAAAAGAGAAAGUGAAUUAACACCAUGAUUCUCCCACUCAUGAAUAAUUAUCAAUGUCAUCAUCAUUCUAAAAUAUUUCUAUGUUGCUUAUAAGUUACUAGCUGGAUGGAAAUAAUUUUAUAAAACGAAUCUGUAAGAAACUGCUUCUUUAUAAUUAAAACCAUCAGAUUUUACUGAAAUAUAAUAAAAAUAAUAUGAAACUACAGAACUUGGUUAAGCUUAAGUAAAUAUUCCCUAUAAGGUUAACAAACAGGAGUAUGGUGCAUAUUAAGAUAUUAGCAAUAAUCAACUGCCUGCUGAAAGACGAGCAAAUAAACAUUCUUACACUUCCUCCUCUCCUCACCUUACUUUAUACUUUUGUUAUAUGUAGUUACCUUAACAAUGUUUAUAACACUUACAAUGUGUUUUAAAAGGAUAAUCUUCAUAAUUGUUUAGACAUUUUAUGUUUCAAAUAUUUAAGUCAUCAAAUAACGCUACUUUUUUCAAGCUUAUUCAAGUCUGUCCAGAGGUAACAACUUUUGAACCUUUUGUUUUUUUCCCCCAUUAUACUUGCCUCCAUAUUUCUAAAUAAUAUGUUUACAAAAUGCUUUUUCUCAAAUUUAAGUUUUAGAUAUUAUCCAUUUACUUCCAAAGGGCACACACACAAACUUGCACAUUUCUUCUACCCCAUCCUCUCUCAUACCUGUAUCAUUAUUCUGUUUAAAUAGUGUUUAAAUAAUUAUGACUAUGUAAAUAUCACUUAGACCCAAACCUCAUAUUGCUCUAAGAUUUUGUUUCUAUUUCUUUACUCUUAAGUUAAUAAUUGCCUCAUUUUCCACUUUACUUUAAAACCCUUAGAAGAAAACAUAGGUGUAAAUUUUUCUAUGUACAUAUUUUAAAGUUAUCCCCAUACUUUUUAAAGUCUAAAGCUCCUCAUUGUAUUAUUAAGCCCAUAAAGAAAACCUCUCAGUUCCAUUAUUUUUUCUUGGAGCUACUGUGGAGCCACCCAGACUCCUGCUCAAUUGUACACUAUUUUCUCUCUAGACCUACUCCACAGCUGGCAGUUUGGGGUUUGCUAUACCCUUCAUCCUGGAAAUUUCUUUUCUCUCUCUCAUGUGUUUGAUUUCAUUUUCUGCAUUUAUUAUGUCUUCCUCUUUAUUGGUUUACCCCCCUAAAUUCCUGAAAAAUAUUUGGUGACAAAUUUAUUCAGAACUUGAACAUCUGAAAAUUUUGGAUGCUAUAAAAUCAAAUGUUGAUUUGUUGAUUUUGUUGGAUGUGGAAUUAUAGGUGAGGAAUUAUUUGCUACUAGUAUUUUGAAGGCAUUGCUUCAUUGUCUUCUAAUCUCCAAUGUUGAGAUAUUCAACAUUCUGAUUACCCAUUUUUUCUGAGACCUAUUUUUUUCCUAGAUCCCUGGUUCUCAACUGGGCGCAAAUUUGCCACCCAGCAACAUCUGGUAAUGUGUGGAAACGUUUUUGAUUGUCACAAGUGGAGGAGAUGGUGCUAGUGGCAUCUGGUGGGUAGAGGCCAGGGAUGCUGCUAAACAUUCUACAAUGCACUGGACAGCCCCCUGCCCACAAAGAAGUAUAUGGCCCCAAAUGCCAAUAGUGUUGUAGCUGAGAAACCUCGCUCAAGAUGAAAUUAGGUCAUAUAUUAUCUCCAUUGUUGUAGAAUUUCUUAAUUAUGUGUCAUAGUGUAAGAAUUUUGUCGUUUAUUGUGAUAAAUACCCAAUGAGAUUUGUCAAUCUUGUGUAAUGUGUUCUUUAGACUAAGACAGGAUUUGGGAUUUGUGUGUGUGUGUGUGUGUGUGU